GUACCUGGUCCAGAAUCCAGCUCAACCUGAAGAUAUCUCGAGCAUCUCAAGCAUCUCAACAUGGUCCUCUCAUUAUAUCCAGAGCCCGUCAAUCCAAAUGCUCUUGUAGAGCCUUGUCCGCAUCUGACAUAUCUCCGCCACUGCCUCAACCUGGCCAAGCUGUCACCGCCGCGCCCCAAUCUCUUCCGAGCCGGGGCAGUGCUGGUCUCACGCAAACUCGUCCGGGGUACCAACAACGAGCUUUACAACGACGACCGGCUUCUCUCAUCAGGGUACACGAUGGAACUGGCGAAGACUCCGCACGCCGAGCAGGCUUGCCUCUCCAACUAUGCCGCUGUCCACGGGAUGUCGGAGGACCAAGUCGGAGAGGUUCUGCCCUCAGAACCCGAUCGCACUUUGGUCAUGUAUAUGAGUUUUGAGCCAUGCGCGAAAGACGAGCACAAUACUCUUCCCUGUGUGCAGAGAAUCAUUGACACGCGAACGGGUGGCCGCAAAGGCAUCGAGAAGGUUUAUUUCGGGUCGUUAUCGCCUUCCACCCCGGGCAGGUCAUCGGCACGUCAGAUGCUCGAAGAGGCCGGCAUCGAGUGGCAAUUAGUCGAAGGUUUGGAGCAAGACGUUCUGUCGAUUGCCAGAGAAGGGUAUGUGGGUAAAUAAGAAGGCUGUGGUUGAUGGUUGAUGCAACUACUUACUGUGUAUUGUCGAAGUCCCUGGGGGAUGGGUUCAUUUUAUUGUUUGUGAUGUUUGUA